GAUAAUUUUAAGUUUGUUAUUAUGGGACAUUUGUUGAAAUGUAACAGCGUCUUUGAUGGCAUCGCACCAAACCACCCCAACGAGAGAGGUUCUGACGGCUAUUCGACGGUCUGCAGCGGACCCAAUGCAUUCACGGUAUGUCUGAUAGACUUGUGAAUUUGCUAAGUGGAAUGCAAGGACCUGAGGAAGUUAGUUCAGUAACUACCUGGUACCAACAACGAAGUCGAAUCAACCUCGAAGGAAGCCCAGUUCGCCGCUCGAAGGAUGACUUGCUCGCCAAAUCGUCGCCAGAAGGAAGCUCAGUCCGCCGCUCCAAGGCUGUCUUGCUCGCCAAUUCGUCGCCAGAAGAAAGACCAGCUCGCCGCUCGAAGGAGGUCUCGCUCGCCAAAUUAUCGCUAGAAGAAAGUGCCUACAAUUCAUCGCCCGCAGGAAGUCAUGCUUAUCAUGUUGGCGCUCGAAGGAUGCGGUCGCUGUUCGCCCCAUCUCGCACAAGUACGCUCAGUACUUCGCUGCCAACGGUCAUCGUCCGGAAACGGACCCGUGGAGGCCGGUUGCCUCCGCCCCAGUUAAUUAGAAGUCUACGCGAGGAUCACACAGCCGACAAAUCCGAUGUGAAGGAAGAAGAAAUGCGUUUUAUCAAUAGCCCAGUCACCUCGAGAUACAAAUGAGCAGCAGCCAGCUGAGAGAUCGACCAGGCGGCCGAGUAAUCACAUGGUGUCGAUCCGUUCAUUGCCGAAGAGUAGCCGAAUUAGCACGUGUUACAGUCCAUCGAACGGGUUCGAAGUAACAGCUACCUGCCGUCGCGACGCAGAGAAAAUCAUCGUCGUAUGAAGUAUUUAGAGUAUUAUAAUAGAAUGAAGAAAAUCAAAGUGAAUUAGACGUAGUUUAUAAGAGUUGUAGCCUAAUCUUAUAUUCCCUUGCAAGUAGGAUAUUAUGGAGUAGUUAAAUAUGGCAUUUUCACGGUGGCCGGCAUGUUGAGUCGAUAAUUAUCAGAUUACUGGUUCCGGAUGGAAUGAAUUGCACGAACAGCUCUCAUAUAGUAUCUCUCUCUAUAAUGUGUUAUCAGUAGGCAAUCGGAUAGCCGAUGGCUAUCAGGCUAUCUUUAUAGCAUAUUCGUAUUUAGCCGGGUAUACCCCGUUAGGCAUAAGUACGUUAGGCAUAGAGACGUUAAGCAUAAGUACGUUAGGCAUAAUGGACGAUAGGCAUAAUGUACGUUAGGCAUAAUGGACGUUAGGCAUAAAAUGACCCAAAGAACAGCCU